AUGGCAAACAGCAGCGAUAGUAGCGACAACAGUGUCAGUAGCAGCAGUGACAGCAGUGACAACUUGUCCAAACCAUGCUCCACCGAUGACUUGGACUGUAUUCGCCAGUACUUCAUGAGCAAUGAACGCUGUCGCCCAAGCAGCCACGAGGAUGGUGUCGCAAUCCAUAAGGACGUGCAAGUGGCUUAUAUUCCAAAAAUAAACGUGACCGCCAUCUCGCUUGACGAAUACAUCACCUUCUAUGGCUCCACGAUUAAAAAGUUUUACAUAAACAACGUCAGUAACAACCUGGUGAUUUCAAUCGACUUCGAAGGUAUCAACAUCAACUCCCAACACUGCACCCUCGCCAUCAACCAGAGGGGCGAAGAGCCGAAGUUGGUCGAGGAUUACGCCAACGAAAGUUACUCUGCCGAAAUAACUGCUGUAAUUUCUGGACGUGGCAAAGAAAUAAGGUCAGCUAAAGUCAGCGCCUUCAACACCAACGCCUACCCACCCUUCGAACUUGGACCCAAUAUCUCGCAGAGUUCAGAUGACGUAGUCCAGGCUAUGUACCAGGAGUUGGUGUCAAACAUUCCUACAGCAGUUCAGGAGCUUUUUCUGACCAAAGCCCCCUACUUCUUUUACGUCUACCUGCAAUCUUACAUCUGCGACUACGGCAUCGAGUACACUGGACAGAUAGUUUAA